AUGAUAGACCAAAGUAUCCUAUGUCCCAUAAAAUACACUGAGCACAAAAAAGUUACAAAAAAAUUCAAAAAACCAUCUAUAAAGCCUAGAAAGCUACCCUCCGAUGACCGGUGCCGCUUACCAGAAUCCUCAAACCCACAAACAAGACUUAUUAGGGUGAUAGUCACCGAUCACGAUGCCACAGACUCCUCUAGUGAUGAGGAGGGAGAGUUAUUUGGACGGCAAAGGGUGAAAAGAUACGUGAGCGAGAUCAACAUCCAACCUGCAGCCAGCUGCAAAGAAGCUAAUGUCAUUGCUGCUACUAUUUCCAAUAACCGGAAAAGAAGUGUUGGUGAUAUCCCUCAAAGGCCAGCGAAAAAGUCUACUCCUCCGUCAACCAACAAUGGCAGAAAGUUCCGAGGCGUUAGGCAAAGACCUUGGGGUAAAUGGGCUGCGGAGAUUAGAGAUCCUGUUGUACGUCGGCGGAUAUGGUUAGGGACGUACGACACCGCUGAGGAGGCUGCAAGAGUGUACGAUAAUGCAGCCAUCAAGAUACGAGGGCCGGAUGCUUUAACAAAUUUCAUCACGCCGCCUAGUAUCGAGGAGGAGCAAGAGAAAAGUACAGUGGAAGAACCAGAAGGAGAAGAAGAAAAGAAGCCGGAAAUCAAUGUCGACACAGCUUCAGUCUCCGGCUAUGAAUCUGCUGAUGAGUCUCACAGUCUGUCGUCUCCAAAAUCUGUGCUCACAUUCAGAUUACCUUCAUCUGAAUCACACAAACCACCGGUUCAACCCUUCCAAAAAGACGUUAAAAUGGAGCCAAUUGAUCAAGACAAUCAAGAAGCGUUCGGCGAGAGCAAUUCGACUGAUUAUUUACCGCUAGACGCUCCGUUUCUUGAUGAUUUUUUCAACUUUGGAACCUCAGGGCCAACCCUCUUCGACGAUCAAGUUAUAGCGACAACUACGACGACAACGACAUCAGUUUUUGACGAGAGCUUUAUGUCCAAUCAAGAUUUUGGUGACAUAUUUCUCGACCCACUUCAAGAUUUUAGUUCCUUACCUUCGGUUUGCCAAGAGGAUGACGAUUUUUUUCAUUUCUUCAAUUCGGAACCUCUUGCAGCACUUUGA